AUGCCACCACCACCUCCACCACCGCCGCCUCCGCCGCCGCCGCCUGGAUUCGGGGGUCCUCCACCGCCACCUCCACCGCCUCCCGGAAAGACACCGUCCAAACCGAGUGCGGCACAAGCUAAAGGAAGGGGAGCACUCCUAGGUGACAUAGAAAAGGGCGCGCGACUAAAGAAAGUCACCCAAAUCAACGAUCGAUCCGCCCCCAUCAUCGACUCAAAGGCCUCGUCGGCCAGUGCCGGCCCCCCGGUGGGCGGAGCGCCUCCAGUACCUGGCUUGAGACCACCGGCGCCAGCGUCAGUCAAUCGAUUGCGCAGUAAUAGUGAUAUUGGAGCGGGCUCGGCAGCAUCGUUCGAGAAAGUCUUCAGCACCAAGCGUUCCAUCACCGCCCGGAUUGGCCCCGAGACCACCGGGAGGAGCCCCGCCGCCCCCACCGCCUGGUGCCGCGCCGGCUCCUCCCAGCGUUGCUGCCGUGAAGAACACCCUCCGACCCUCCAGUUCACCUGUUGGGAGCGCACCCGAACCGCCAUCAAUCCACAAACCCAAGCCUCCCCCACCGAUAGGAAAGAAACCACCCAUUCCUCCACCAGCUGGAAGGAAACCAUCAGCGGCAUUGGCUUCUGCUCCGCCUCUACCACCGCCGUUACCACCCUCCUCGAACUCUCCAUCGAUAGCCCCUCCUCCACCACCGCCCUCCUCGAGCUCUCCUUCAUUAGCCCCUCCUCCACCACCGCCACUUCCUCCCUCCGCCAGUGCGCCAAAAGCACCCACGCCUCAGCAAAACGGCAAUCUGGCAGCUCAGGCCGCUGCGAACGCAUUUCGCUCCCACUCACCAGCUGCACCUGCGCCACCGCCUCCACCGCCGCCGCCAUCUUCAGCCCAUGCGCCCAGCGGAGCUCCACCGCCGCCUCCUCCCCCGCCGCCUGCCGCGGCGCCCUCUCGCCCAACUUCUUUCUCUCCGACUUCUGUGCCUCCGCCACCUCCACCUGCUGCACCACCGUCAAGGCCAACGUCAUCUCCAAGCUCCGCACUUCCUCCACCUCCACCGCCGCCGCCCCCAAGCGCAGCGCAUAG